AUGGCAACCGCGUUGCCCUCGUCGUCAGCGCUGAUGCCGCGGCAACUACUGCCCGCGAUGCAGGAGCCCCUCGUGCCGUCGAUCAACUUCGCUAUGGUGUGCCCCGGCGUGUACCGCUCCGGCUAUCCUACGCGCAAGAACUACCGCUUUCUGCGUGCGCUGCGGCUCCGCACUAUCUUGUACCUCUGCCCCGAGGACUACGCGGAGAGCAAUGUAAAGUUCUGCGAGGAAAACGGUAUUUGUCUCCUUAGGUUCGCUACGGAGGGAAACAAGGAGCCCUUUAUGGACAUCUCGGAGAUGCUGAUGCACCGCAUCCUCAGCGCCCUCGUUGACACCCGGACGCAUCCCAUCCUUAUCCACUGCAACAAAGGGAAGCAUAGGACAGGGGCCGUGGUUGCCUGCCUGCGGUUGCUGCAGGGGUGGUCGUUGGUGUCAAUCUUUCAGGAGUAUCGUUGCUUUGCCGGUGACAAGGCCCGCAUGGGGGAUCAGCAGUACGUGGAGCUCUACCACCCCAUUGUGCGCGUGACGCCGCCGUACGUGGCGGAGUGGCUGUGCAUCACACGCGAAGUCACCGUCGUCCAAACCGAGGAGGAGUUGCUGGAGGCGGAGGCACAGCAGCUCGGCUGGAGCCUCGUCGCCCCGCCAUCACCACCGGCGCCGACGCCGCCCUCACCACCGUCCCUGCCGAAGAAACAAAAUGCGCAGCCGAACCCUCAGCCACACCCAGAGGAGCAUAAAGAUGAGCUGCAUAAAUUGCCACCGCUGCCGCCUUCGUCUGCAACUGUGCCCGCAAAACUGCAGCCGUCUACCGUAACAGUGGGUUCUGCUACAUCCAUCACGGCCACUCCAACAUCCCGGCGUUCCGGUGGACACGGCGAAGGUGCAAGUGAAUCAGGGAAGACGAAGGACACCGGCGUGGUCUUGCGGAAGGAGAACGGAGAUAGUAAGAAGGGACAAAAAUGA